AGUCGGUUUGGAGAGGGGUGCCGCCUCCCAACCCUGCCUCUGCCUCCUCUCGAAGUGAAUUUGCUUUUCGGCAUAGCAGAUAGCUUUGUUGUUUAUAACCUCCAAAUUCUAGUGGCCAGCACAAGCGUCUUGCAAGGAUCUCAUAUUGCACAGUCUUUGUGCAAAUUACCAGGCUGAUACGUAAAGAUGGUGCAAUAUAACUUCAAGAAAAUAACUGUGGUACCUAAUGGGAAGGACUUCAUUGACAUAAUCCUUUCUCGCACUCAGCGUCAAACACCUACUGUUGUGCAUAAAGGAUAUAAGAUUUCCCGCCUCCGUCAAUUUUACAUGCGCAAAGUAAAGUAUACACAACAAAAUUUUCAUGAAAAACUCUCCACUAUUAUUGAUGAGUUCCCUCGGCUUGAUGAUAUUCACCCAUUCUAUGGUGACCUCCUCCAUGUACUCUACAACAAGGACCAUUACAAGCUUGCACUUGGACAAGUCAAUACUGCUAGAAAUCUCAUUGGGAAGAUUUGUAAGGACUAUGUGAAGUUAUUGAAGUAUGGUGAUUCACUAUAUAGAUGCAAAUGUCUGAAGGUUGCUGCUCUUGGCCGUAUGUGCACUGUGAUCAAGAGGAUCGGCCCAAGUUUGGCUUAUCUAGAGCAAGUGAGGCAGCACAUGGCAAGGCUCCCAUCAAUAGAUCCAAACACGAGGACUAUCUUGAUUUGUGGUUACCCUAAUGUUGGCAAGAGCUCAUUCAUUAACAAAAUUACAAGAGCUGAUGUGGAUGUGCAGCCCUAUGCUUUCACUACUAAGUCACUUUUUGUUGGUCACACAGACUAUAAAUACCUAAGGUACCAAGUAAUUGAUACACCAGGGAUUCUGGACCGGCCUUUUGAAGAUCGAAACAUUAUUGAGAUGUGCAGCAUUACUGCCCUUGCUCAUCUGCGAGCUGCUAUAUUGUUUUUCUUGGACAUCUCUGGGUCUUGUGGUUAUAGUAUUGCACAGCAGGCAGCUCUAUUUCACAGCAUUAAAUCCCUGUUCAUGAACAAGCCACUAAUAGUAGUCUGCAAUAAAACUGAUUUGCAACCCCUUGAAGGGGUAACUGAGGAAGACAAGAAGUUAAUCAUGGAGAUGAAAGCUGAGGCCUUGAAGACUCUGGUUGGUCAAGGAGGCGAGUCUACAAAUGAUGAAAGUGUGUUGUUGACCAUGAGCACUUUGACAGACGACGGGGUAAUUGCUGUAAAAAAUGCAGCAUGUGAAAGAUUGUUAAAUCAAAGGGUGGAGAUAAAGAUGAAGUCCAAAAAGAUAAAUGACUGCUUGAAUAGAUUUCAUGUUGCAGUGCCAAAACCACGUGACGACAAGGAAAGGCCACCUUGUAUUCCUCCAGCAGUCUUAGAAGCUAAGGCCAGGCAAGCAGCUGAAAAGGAAAAGAGAAAAACUGAAAAGGACCUGGAAAAUGAGAAUGGUGGUGCAGGUGUAUACUCAGCAAACUUGCGGAAGAACUAUAUUUUGGCUGAUGAUGAAUGGAAAGAAGACGUGCUGCCAGAAAUUUUGGAUGGACACAAUGUGUAUGAUUUCGUUGAUCCUGAUAUCCUGCAUAGGCUUGAAGAAUUGGAAAGGGAAGACGGGCUAAGACAGGCGGACAAGCUAGAUGAUGAUUUUGAGAUGGAUGGGAAUGAGUUGACUCCAGAGGAACAGGAAGCUUUAGCUGCAAUAAGAAAAAAGAAAAGCUUGCUCAUCCAAGAGCAUAGGAAGAAAAAGAGUACUGCAGAGAGCAGGCCAAUUGUUCCGAGAAAACAUGACAAGGACAGGAAGUUUACUACAGAAAGAAUGGGAAGGCAGCUGUCAUCUCUAGGGCUUGAUCCCUCUUUGGCAAUUGACAGAGCACGCAGCAGAUCUGUUUCUAGGAGAGGUAGGAAAAGGGAAAGAUCUCCUGAAGGGAGAGGUGCUGAUGUGAUGGAUAUAGAUGUUGACUCAUCCAGCAAGAAGCAGCGUACUAGAUCUAGAUCAAGGUCCAGGUCCAGGUCAGUUUCACGCCCGCCAACUGAAUUUGUGCCUGGUGAGGGCUUGAAGGAUUCUGCUCAAAAGAUUAAGGCAGUAAAACUUGCGAAGAAAUCUGUCAAGAAGAGGAACAAGGAUGCUCGUCGGGGAGAAGCUGAUAGAGUUAUUCCUACUUUGAAGCCCAAGCACUUGUUUUCUGGGAAGCGUUCAAUUGGGAAAACCCAAAGACGGUGAAAAGAGAUGCGAAAGCUGAAUUAGCCUUGGAGACGGUAUCCCGAUUCUGGGAAUGGCUUGUGACUGGUGGUGCACAGUUUGUUUUGAGUUGCUGUAGGUCGAGUUAUUCAUAGCAAUAGCAUCAAGUUCUGUGAUGUAAGCUUCUUGGGGGAUAUCUUUUAAUCCCGUGCAAUUUUACUCCGCUUUGUUUGCUUGAUACAAUUUGAGACCAUGUAAUGGCUGUGGCCCAGCUGCUGCUAAAAUUUUGUGGUGACAAGAUUAUUAAAUUAAUUACAACCUCUCCUACAUGUACUA